AUGGGAACCCUCUUCCGUGCUUUCCGCGCCGGUUUCAACUUGGCAGGAGUGACCACAGGUCCCCCUGAUAAGCCACCCGAUUGGGCUUCUUUCCAAAAAACCUGCUCCUUCACUUUCAAAUCAGAGGCAUACUUGGACGAAGUGUGCUUCUCAUUCCAUGACCGCCUGAAGGAAUGGCCCCAAAAACCGGCCCAUAUAACAUUCAAGUAUCUCCAAGCAGUUGACUUCUGCUUCCACCUGGGUGCCCCUAGGAUGGUAGACUGGGGCCUGGAGAAUAUUGCUCUCAUUGAAGACCUUGGCGUAAUCAAGCCUGGCGUGGGCAAAACUGGUGAUGCAUACGAACUAGCUCGUCUGCAUUCCUACGGCCAGGAGCUGGCGGGCCUUCUGCGCGAUCAGCAAAGACUGGAGAGGGAGCGCGGGGGGAUUGACUGGAAGGCGAGAAUGAAGAGAGUGGUAACUGCGGACUGGGCAACAGAAGCGUCUUCCCCGACAGUCGCCGCAACAACUACACCAACCACUGUAAUCCCAGCCGUGUUUGUGGAGGAACCUACAACGCGAUCUUUACCGCAGAAACCGCCUCCGGCACCAUCUGAAACUACUAGAACUCUGUCAGAUCCUGCUCAGCUCGGUCGGCGCAAGCUUCCGCCACCUUGGACGCCAAAAUCGACAUCGACCACCGACUCUGGUGUCAGUUUCGGCACUAUAGGUCCUCAACUAUCCCCCAAACCCUCAAAAGCAGAACUGGGUCGAAAACAGUCUCGAAAUUCCCUUCUUGAUAAACCAGGCGAUUCUCGUUCUGGGGCUGUCGAGAACGGCAAUCCAUCUCCGCGGCUGUCGCCUAAGCCCUCUCAGCCACGGUUGCAUAAAGAGCGGUCUCGAAAUUCCCUAAUCGAUAAACCAAGUGAUUCUCAGGCUAGAAACAUCAAUGGCAGUAAUCAGAAUGUGAAGGCGGUAACCCCUGAUGAUAUGGCCAAGCAGUUCAAAGUUAGGAAAGAUACCUUUGAGCUGAGGCUCAAGGCUCAGGCAGAUCGUCAACCAAGGAACCCAGUCGCCAACCCAGCACUCAGUUCAGAAAGUCGACGACUUUCCCCGAGCCCUCGUCGCCACCAUCUCCCGGACCUAGUACGUGAUUCAAGACUUGAUACAACCUUUGAUCUGAAUAGCCGAACAGUCUGUCACGUUUCCUUCAUAACCAAUCUCGCCAGCCGACAGCGCCGAGUUAAAACGGAAGUGACAUGGAAGAGAAGUAAAAGAAUUGGGGCUGGUGGUUUCGGAAGCAUCUGGCUUGAGAGAUGCGUCGAGGGAGGGAGUUUGGGGCAACUUCGGGCUGUGAAGGAGAUUGCAAAGCAGCCAGACGCUACGCAUGCCGUUGACUAUACAAGAGAACUUGAAGCCAUUGCCAAGUUUUCUCAUGAGAGGUAUUCGGCAUUCUUUGUCCAGUCGACGGGUUGGUAUGAGGACGAGUACAGCAUUUUCAUACCAAUGGACUAUCAUGAAAUGGGUGAUCUACAACAAUUCAUGAAGAGGCCUCUCCCUGAGAGGGAAGCGAAGGACAUCAUCUCACAGAUACUCGAGGGUUUGGCGUUGAUGCACGACAAUGGAUUUACACACCGAGAUCUCAAACCAGCGAACAUAUUGGUAGUGGAGACAUCUCCUCAAUGGUGGGUGAAGAUUACAGAUUUUGGAAUAUCAAAAAGAGCAGAGGAGUCUUCGCCGUUGUGCACAGUCAUUGGCACACCCGCCUAUCUUGCCCCAGAAGUUCGAAGCAUGCAACAUCGACCUCGACAUCUGGGCCUAGGUGGUAACAGUACUGCUGGACAGAGAGAUUCUUACACCAAUGCAGUUGAUCUUUGGUCCACCGGAGUGAUUGCAUAUCAGUUGCUCACGACUCAAUUGGUCUUUUCGGAACCUGGAAGUCUGCAAAACUACGCGGGUGGAAAGGCAAAGUUCCCUCGUCAACCCCUCACGCGCGUUAGUGCCAGCGACAUUUGUUUGGAGUUGCUAGCGAAGCUAUUGUCACCAGCGGCUGCAGAGAGGCCUUCUGCGGCCGAGGCUUUGGCCCAUUCAUGGAUGCUUUCACCUGAUAUGACGGGCAGCCAAACCGGAAAGCCGGGUAGAUUUUCUGACACUUAUCGCAGUCAUCAAGUCUAUUCGGUGACUGAAGAGGCGAGUGCGGAAUGGCCUAGCACACUCGGCUAG